GUAAUAUUCAGUUCGCUAACGGCUGGCAGCCCCCAUCUUCGAUCGACUGGACAUUCCCCUCAUCGACAAAAAGAUGAAUGCGACAUUGGUGGAGCCGGAUCCCCUACCAAUCUACCGCCAGCCACCCAGCCCCGAGGUGGACGAAGCCUGGAACCGACUGGCAAACAUCAGGCCCAUCGCCAUCAUUCGCGAUGACGUGGUCAAGCUGGGUAGAGAUCCCGAGCAAGCGGCGAAAUGGCCUGAAAGGUUUGGCUUCGGAUCCGAGGCAUACAUUGGACGGAUCGACGUCUUCCAUCAAAUUCAUUGCCUGGAUUGGCUACGCCGGGAGGCGUACUUUGACCACUACUAUGAGAAGAAAUGGCCGCCGGGGACUCCGUCGUCGGACAUGCACCGGACCCAUAUCUCCCAUUGCACCUACCUGCUGCUCCAGAACCUCAUGUGCACCGCGAAUGUCGACAUCUACACCCACUACUGGGCGGAUGCGCAGCUGAACGCCUUCCCCGACUUCAGCGUCAACCACAAAUGCCGGGAUUUUGACGCCAUCUUGCGUUGGCAGGAGGAGAACUCGGUCGAUGUGGCCGAGUUUGCUGCCAUCCGGAAGCCACCUGAUGCAGCGGCCAGGGUGAUGUCGCAUCGAUUCAAGGAGCUGUUUGGUUGGUAUAAUUCCAACCCCGAUGAUGGCUCUGAUAGUGGGAUAAUUGGAUAAUGAUAACCACCAUGUAAGCGGUUGUGGAGGCCAAUAUCAAGGUCGAUGAUCGGCUCAGCACUAGUACUUGGAGUAAGUCUGA